AUGGCGGCCGUUAAUCGUUUGGUAUUUGCUCGAAAAUUGGAGAAACUUGGUUUUCUACCGGCUUUAGAAGUUCAAAAUGCGAUUGCUAGACAGCACUUGGAAAAAAUAAAAGUCAAAGAAACAAGCAGUGCUAAAAACGUUUUGCUUUUUUACGAGCAUACGCCCGUUUUUACCGUCGGAAUCCGAAAGAAGAGCGUGGAUGCCAAGGAGAAGAGGCGCUUGGAGGAUCUUGGAGCUGAAUUUCACUAUACUAACCGUGGAGGGCUAGUGACAUUUCACGGUCCUGGACAAUUAGUCUGUUAUCCUGUGCUAAACUUAGCUUGUUUCAAGAAAAGUUUACGAUGGUAUGUUGCUUCCUUGGAAAAAACCUUGAUAGAAACUUGUAAGAGGUUUGGUGUUCACGCAGAAACAACUUGUGACACUGGCGUCUGGGUUAAGGACAACAAAAUUGCUGCCAUAGGUGAGAACAGAAAGGCUCAUGGUUUGUUAUGAGAUAAAUUAGAGGACGUAAAAGAACCAGCGCACUUCCCGCAAAGAGGAGGGAACGUAGCUCCCCCCCCCCCAAAUUUUUUCUAUAUGGGAAGAGGUGGGGCAAUGAAGGAAGGAAAAUCUUAGUGCUACUACGUCAUUUUGCAAACGUCAGUUCACUCCGCAGAUCAGAGUAUGGCAAGUUCAUGCCUCGAUCUUAGUGCAACUACGUCAUUUUGCAAACCUCAGUUCACUCUGCAGAUCAGAGUAUGGCAAAUUCAUGCCUCAAUCUUUUCUUAAAUGCCUGUUGCCUAUACUAGAAUCAUACUAUGCAUGUGGCAGCCGUGAAACUAAUGUCUGCGUGACUCAGCAAAUGCAGUGAGGUAUGGAAAUGUGUACGAGAAUUGCAAAUUUGAAUUGCUGCACCAUGAAAAUCUGAAGCAUUAAACAGCAAUUGCAUAAACCUCUUGCAUUUUUUCUUGCACAUUCUGACUCAGAUGGACCUUGGACUAUAGAGAUAGAACAAGAACAAUUUUGCUAGGAAAUGAGAUAUAUGACUGUCUUAAGUAAAUUGCCACAGGAAAUUCAGUAAAUAUUUGAAACUUCUCAAAUAUUUACUGUGUUGUUUAGGGUCUGUCAGAUCUACCUGCUCUCUCAAUUUUUCAACAUGUGUGUACCCCCAUUUUAAGAGGUAGCAUCCAGUUCAUGUAGCUGUACUACAGAGAGACUGAUCUCAUAUAAUGGUCACUUCUGGUUUAACCCUUUACAGCCCAGCAUCAGUAUGCAUAUUUUUUAUACUGUUUUCUAUACAGUCCCUAUAGAGUGUUGACAAUGAGAAUUUGUUGAACAAUCAAGAGCGUCAUUAGUAUGUUAUCAUUUCCUUUAUUCUCCUGAACUCUAUGUCUGAUUCAGAAAGGAUAUUGUUGGGAAAUAUUUAAUGUUAGUCACUCUGAAGGGUCUAAGAGUUAAUUACCUUAUAAUUAAUGUCCCACUUGUGUUUACAGGUGUUCAUGCAGGUCAUUGGAUCACUACUCAUGGCAUUGCACUGAACUGCAAUAUUGAUCUGAGUUGGUUUGAACAAUUUACACCUUGUGGGAUUAUUGGUAAAGGUGUUACAUCACUUACAAGAGAGACUAACCAAGUUGUACAAACCAAAGAUGCCAUUGAACCUUUUGUAGAAUCCUUUGAGGAUGUGUUUGAUUGUACAGUUGUGUGGGAUGAUGAGGAGGAUCUUAAAAUGAAUGGUAGUUGA